CGGAAGUACUUGGCCGGUCGUUAAAUACCGAGCCUGAGCAGUUCUCCGGGGCUUGUGAGAAGAGUGGGAGGUCAAAAUGUCGGAGCGAAAAGUUCUAAACAAAUACUACCCGCCCGACUUUGACCCGUCGAAGAUCCCCAAGCUCAAACUCCCCAAAGACCGGCAGUAUGUGGUGCGGCUGAUGGCCCCCUUCAACAUGAGGUGUAAGACAUGCGGAGAAUACAUCUACAAGGGCAAAAAGUUCAACGCACGCAAAGAGACGGUGCAGGACGAGGUGUACCUGGGCCUGCCCAUCUUCCGCUUCUACAUCAAGUGCACACGCUGCCUGGCAGAGAUCACCUUCAAGACGGAUCCUGAAAACACAGACUACACCAUGGAGCAUGGAGCCACGCGGAACUUCCAGGCUGAGAAGCUCCUGGAGGAGGAAGAGAAGAGGGUGCAGAAGGAGCGAGAGGAUGAGGAGUUAAACAACCCCAUGAAGGUGCUGGAGAACCGGACCAAGGACUCCAAGCUGGAGAUGGAGGUUCUGGAGAACCUGCAGGAGCUCAAGGACCUGAACCAGCGGCAGGCGCACGUGGACUUCGAGGCCAUGCUCCGGCAGCACCGGCUGUCCGAGGAGGAGCGGCAGAAGCGGGAGCAGGAGGAGGAUGAGCGGGAGACGGCAGCUUUGGUGGAAGCAGCUAGAAAACGGCGCUUGCUGAGGGACUCUGACUCGGAGGAUGAGGCCGCUCCCGCCACACCCCGCCCAGCCACCCGGCCCAGCCCCACUGCCAUCCUGGACGAGGCCCCGAAGGCCAAGAGGAAGGCGGAGAGCUGGGAGCAGAGCAUCGGCCUUGGCCGUGGGCCCCAGCUGUCAGACCUGGUCGUGGUGAGGAGGAUGGACCCGAACCGCAGCACUGGGCAGGGCCAGGCCACACCUGCCCCAGGCACCCCGCAGAACGGGAAGGCGGCCGACCCUGCGCCCCAGAUGCCCGGCUCCUCCUCCCUGAGCCAGCUGGGUGCGUACUCGGACAGCGAGGACAGCAGCAGCAGCAACUGAUCUCAGGUCAGGGGUCACAGGGACAGCUCCGGCCGCGUCGGAGUGGACAGGCUGCCCCCACCAGCCUUCCAGGACCCCGGGACCCGGCCCUCCCGUGCCACCCCUGGCACCGCGUUCAGACAGGCAACAUCCA